CAUGGCUGCUUCCGGGAGCUACGUUCCCACGCUGAGUUGCCGACAGCAUGCAGUGCGAUGAUGUUAUCUGGGACACACUGGGAAACAGGCAAUUUUGUUCCUUCAAAAUAAGAACGAAGACACAGGGCUUUUGCAGAAAUGAAUACAGCCUGACUGGACUGUGUAACCGGUCAUCUUGUCCCCUGGCAAACAGUCAGUAUGCCACUAUCAAAGAAGAGAAAGGACAGUGCUACUUGUACAUGAAGGUUAUAGAGAGAGCAGCCUUUCCUAGACGUCUCUGGGAACGGGUUCGUCUUCAUAAAAACUAUGAGAAGGCACUGGAGCAGAUAGAUGAAAACCUGAUUUACUGGCCCCGUUUCAUCCGACACAAGUGUAAGCAGAGGUUCACCAAGAUCACCCAGUACCUAAUUAGAAUUCGAAAACUCACACUAAAGCGACAGAAGAAGCUUGUUCCUUUGAGUAAAAAAGUGGAGCGGAGGGAAAAAAGAAGAGAGGAAAAGGCAUUAAUAGCUGCUCAGCUGGACAAUGCCAUUGAGAAGGAACUGCUGGAGAGACUUAAACAAGAUACGUACGGCGACAUCUACAACUUCCCCAUCCAUGCUUUCGACAAGGCCCUGGAACAGCAGGAGGCGGAGAGCGACUCUUCAGAUGCGGAGGAAAAGGACGAUGAAGAGGAUGAGGAAGAUGUGGGAAAGAGAGAAUUUGUGGAAGAUGAUGAGGUGGAUGAGAGUGACAUAAGUGAUUUUGAGGAAAUGGAUAAACUGGAUGCCAGCAGUGAUGAAGAGCAGGAUGAGAAGUCCUCCAGUGAGGAAGAAGAAAAGGCCUUUAAUGCCAAACACAAAGGCAAAACACCCUUGAAAGGCCCUUUGCGGAGGAAACGAGCAUAUGUGGAAAUAGAGUACGAGCAGGAGACAGAGCCCGUGGCCAUGGCCAAGGCCAAGGCCACGUGAUUUCCAUUCAGACAUUUAUAACAGGACUGAACAUGUUGAACUUUAUCCUCAUCACAUCACACCUCCAGCUUUUACCCCUUAUGUUAUUCAACACAAUAUUUGUGUUUUUGAUAUUUAUACCACUUCUG